GGUGCUAAUACCAGUCGUAGAAAUAAUUUGUUUCAACACUAUAUAUUGCCCAUUGUUUUAUUGAAGUCCAAUGCUGAUGAUAUCCAAGCAAUCUCACCUUGGUGCUGCCAUCCCCCCCAUUUCAGAGAUGGAAGGGCACCCUCAAAAUUCUCCCAAACUAGGGAAUCCCAUUGACGGUGAUGAUGCAAAGUAUUUAUCUGGCCUCAGUAUGAUUCCGGUUGCCACAAUUCAGGAAGCUAAAGACAGGAUUUCUCAGAUAGAAUCUAUUUUCUGCAGCCAGCUCUUCCCUAAUUUCCAAUCAAAAUCUAAAAGCCUGCAGAAAAUAUAUUCGGAGGCCAGGAAAACUGCAGAAGAGGCAUACAAAGAGAAGGAAAAGGAUCUGAGACUCCAAAUUGAAAGAAUUCAACUUGAAAGGCAACAACGCCUUGAAGAGAACCAGUCUCUCAAGCUUGAGAUGGAAAAGCCAUCAAAGGAGCAGGAAGAGAAGACAAACCAGUUACUUGACAAGAUAAGAAGUCAACACCUCAAGAUUGGUGAGCUAGAACGGAAGCUUAAGAAUAAGUCUGAGGAAGUUGAUGAGGCCAGGAAAACUGCAGAAGAGGCAUACAAAGAGAAGGAAAAGGAUCCGAGACUCCAAAUUGAAAGAAUUCAACUUGAAAGGCAACAACGCCUUGAAGAGAACCAGUCUCUCAAGCUUGAGAUGGAAAAGCCAUCAAAGGAGCAGGAAGAGAAGAUCAACCAGUUACUUGACAAGAUAACAAGUCAACACCUCAAGAUUUGUGGGCUAGAACGGAUGCUUAAGAAUAAGUUUGAGGAAGUUGACGAGGGAAUGGAAUUGCAGAAUAGAUUUAUCCAAAUGGCUUAUUCAAAAGAUACUGCCAUUGUAAAAUGGGGAAAACAACUGAAUGAGUAUGAAGACAAGACAAAUGAGCUUCUUGCCAAAGUGAAUAGCCUUGAGAAAAAAGUUGAUGUGCUCCAAGAGGAGCUUAGAAGCAAGACUGAAAAAGUAGCAGAGGGAAAGGAGUUGCAAGAGAACUUACUCAAAAAGAUUGAGUCACUUGCCUCGGAAAUUGUAGCUAAUGAGAAGCAAUUGAAUGAUAAUGAAAAGGAGAAAAAGUUACUCAUGUACAAAUUAGAACGUAUGGAAGAUAGUGCCAGUGGACUUCAAAAGGAGCUUGAGAAAAAGACUUGUGAGGUUGAGGAGGGAAGAAAAUUACAAAACCAUUUACUUCAACAGAUUGAUUUGAAUAACAUUGAAAUGUCAAAGAACAAACAGCAGUUGGAGGAGUGUGAGAAAGAGAAUAAGCUGCUUCUGGCCAAAGUAAUUGGUUUACAAGAGAAAAUAAAUGAUUUACAGGUAAAUCUCGGAGGAAGGAGAAAAGAAGGAAGUGAUUCAUAUGAAAAGUUGCUUCAACAGAAUGACACGAAGGCCUCUGAGUUAUUGGCUGAGAAGAAGAAAAGAAGGACUCUUGAAGAUGCCCACAAAAAAUUGAUAUCUCAACACAACUUCCUCCUCUCAAAGUAUGUUCUUACUACGGAUAAUAUGCUCCCUCAAAGUGAUUCAAUCAUUUGUAAUCAGAAUUUGAUAACUUUGCCGGAUCUUGUAAACAAAAUUUCAGACACAUCUGCAGCUCUUUGUGACACAAAAAAAGUGAAGCAUGACAGUGGAAGCUCGGAGGAACAGAAAGGAGCCAAAUUAAUUCAAGCCUCAAGCUUUGGUUCUCCUACUUCCAAUUUCCCCAUUGCAUCAAAAUCUCACUUGGAUGUAAAAGCUGCCCCAUUAGCUGGUUCAAAGCGGCCUGCAUCUUGUUGGAGAGAGACCAGGUCCCGUCAAUGCCAGGGUGGGCCUGACCCCCGUGAUGAUUUUCUCGACACUCCCCUUGAGAACAUCAGAGGAAACUUAAACAAAGACUUGAAGGAACCAGUUCGUGACCCUCCAGUACCUAUUCAGAAAAACAUGGAUUUUGACAGCUUAGAUGAUGAAACAGAGGAUAUGGAUGGUAAUAGCAGCCCGCAAAAGCAGCAGAUGCCAGUUACAAUGGCCAGCGAAAAAGGUUUCAAGUAUAUUGAACCAGUAAGAAAGAAAGUUGAUCGGGAAAAAUUAAAAGGAGUUGAAUGCAAACAGCGUAAGAAGUUCUACGAUGCUGUACUACUCAAUGAUGUGGGAAGGGAUACUAACGGUAAUCAGCGGAAUUUCCGCUGUGAACAUCAUGAUGGUGUUUCUGGGCGUCAGUAUAGGCAUGUCCCUCCCUUGACCCCUGAAGGAUUUUGGAAUAUUGAAUUUUAUCAGAUUAUGAACAGAAUGAAGAUGAACAAAGGAAGAGAUCAAGAACAGAGAAAGAACAGAGAGUAAAUUAAGAAGAGUAAUCUGGAGAGAAAAAUGAUCUCUUUGUAUAUUGAAUGUACUGAAUAAUGAAAAUGUAUUACAAGCUAAGUAUAUAUACAAU